AUGCCGCCGCGCGCCUGCAAGAGCAAGAGCCAGAGCGCCGCCAGUCCCAGUCUUAGUCCCAGCCGCCAGCAGCCCAGCCGCCUGGCCAAGAAGCCCAGCCAGACGCCGACCACCGGUUCCCAGGCGCCAUCGCAGACCAUCGCAAAGUCGAGGCCCACCGGUCUCGAGACGAUUUUUGAGCGGCCCGGCGAUGAGGACGCCACCCAGGCGGAGGACGACGGCCCGACCAGCAGCCAUGCCGUGGCAUUCGGCGAGUGCCAGCGCCGCGGCCUCGCCCUGUUUACGGGCGAAAAAAAAAGAACCCUGUCGCAGAAGCGCUGCCUGAAGGUGCGCAACACCUUGGGCGAACGCAGCACCAAGCACAUGAUGACAAUGCGGGCGUUCCGCGUUACUUUUGACAGCGUAAUGCUCGGGGGCUCGGACGAUGAAGGCGAGUCGGUCGGAGUCGCUCCUGCAGUCGUUCCCGUAGUCGCUCCCGUAGCUGCUCCCGGAGUCGCUUCCGUAGCUGCUCCCGGAGUCUCUCCCGCUGGAGGAAACGCCGGUACAAAGCAGCCGGCACCAUUCGUGCGGUGCACCAGCAGGAGGCUCAAGAGUCUGCCUCCGUUUUAG